UUGUUUAUUUAAGGACUCACCGACAGCCGUCGGUAUGAGUACCUUUUGUAUAUCUCCACUCCAAUUGCAAAGCAGACACACUGGUAAAUCAAGGAUACACAAUCGUUUCUAUCUUUUAGUACGGGUACUGGCAGUGUAUACAUAUUUAACACUUGUUAUAAUACACUCCUAUGCACUAAGAUUGAGUAGGAACCGCUACUAUGCCAGUGUUACUCACCAGACAUACCCCAAAGCAUUCGUCGCGCCGUCAAUAUCGCAAACGCAGGGUAGGCAUAUAUCGCCAUUAAACGCACAAAGGUGGAGUUACACCAGAGUUACACUGCUUAAGGAUACGCCACAGGUAGGGAAGGAAGGUGACGUAGUCCUGGUUAAUCGGAACUAUGCCUUUAACUACCUAGUGCCAUUUGGAUUCGCUAGGUACACCACCAGGGCUGAAUUAAUAGGCCUGACACUCCAGAAGGACUACAAAGAUGCACUAGUCAAUGUCAGGAAGGCCAGUGCCAUGCAUCUAAAGAAUAGACUAGGUGAUAACACAGUGCUACAGUUCGAGGUACCAGCUGAGGCCAAAGGCUCGGAUAGAGUCCUAACACCAAUACUACCCAUACAUAUAAUAGAUCACAUGCGCCAGAAGAGGAUGCUGCUAGUAGUGGAUAUGUUGCGUGAACAGGAUGUCAAAAUAAUCACAGAAGAGGGAGUUAUCAACAGAUUUGGGGAGCACCGAGUACAACUGAAUGUAGACCCAGAUGUUAAUAUUGAGGUCAUAGCCAAUGUCAAGGAACAGCCAGUGGAUACCAAUUUUUUGCAAGACGUAGUCCCAUUCGGUAGUUAGAACUGGUAUCCAGGACUUUGGAUA